AACGCCGGAUCCUCAGCCCACUCACUGAGCGAGGGCAGUGAUCAAACCUGCAACCUUAUUACUAGUCGGAUUCGUUUCUGCUGUGCAGCAACGGGAACUCCCCUCAUUCGUUUUAAGGGCUGCAUACUCCACUGUUUUGGAUGUACCAUAUUUCUACAACCAGUCCCCUAUUGACGGACAUAUGGUUGUAUUUAGUUUUUUGUUAGGAUUGUAAUAGGUUAGAGGCUGUAAUGAAUGGUAAGGAAGUAGGUAGAACUACUACUUUAAAGAAGAAAGUAGACAAGAAACUUCCUUUGCCAUAGUCACUGAUUAAAUGAAAUUUAAUAAAAACACUGUCAAAAGUUGAGAGGACCAAAAUUGAUACUUUUUCUCUGAUCUUUUUGCCAUGUGUAUAUCUGAAUUCUUUGUUUUUAAAGAAGAAACAGCAUUGAAGCAUUAUUUGGGGGGAAAAACACACACACAAAAUCCAGCAACUCAGCAUUCAUGAGCAACUCUAUACUAUACCAGUAUGUGCCUGUGCAGUGGAAGGAAAACAAUUUUGGAAAUAUAUCCUGGACAGUUCCAGCCAUCUCUCUGUCACAAAUUCAUAGCCUUGUCAGAUAAGGAAGGAAAACUGCUUCGCAACUAUACUCAGAACAUAGAUACACUGGAACAGGUUGCAGGAAUCCAGAGGAUAAUCCAGUGUCAUGGUUCCUUUGCAACAGCAUCUUGCCUGAUUUGUAAAUAUAAAGUUGACUGUGAAGCUGUACGAGGAGAUAUUUUUAAUCAGGUGGUUCCUCGAUGUCCUAGGUGCCCAGCUGAUGAACCACUUGCUAUCAUGAAACCAGAGAUUGUCUUUUUUGGUGAAAAUUUACCAGAGCAGUUUCAUAGAGCCAUGAAGUAUGACAAAGAUGAAGUUGAUCUUCUCAUUGUUAUUGGGUCUUCCCUGAAAGUAAGACCAGUAGCACUAAUUCCAAGUUCCAUACCCCAUGAAGUGCCUCAGAUAUUAAUUAAUAGGGAACCUUUGCCUCACCUGCAUUUUGAUGUAGAGCUUCUUGGAGACUGUGAUGUCAUUAUUAAUGAAUUGUGUCAUAGGUUAGGAGGUGAAUAUGCCAAGCUUUGCUGCAACCCUGUAAAGCUUUCAGAAAUUACUGAAAAGCCUCCACGAACACAAAAAGAGUUGGCUCACUUGUCAGAAUUACCACCCACACCUCUUAAUAUUUCAGAAGGCUCUAGUUCACCAGAAAGAACUUCACCACCAGCUUCUUCAGUGACUCUCCCUCUUUUAGACCAAGCAACAAAGAGUAAUGUUGAUGAUCUAGAUGUGUCUGAGUCAAAAGACUGUGUUGAAGAGAAAUCACAGGAAGUACAGACUUCUAGGAGCAUUGAAAGUGUUAAAGAACCGAUGGAGAGUCCAGGUUUGAAGAAUGUUGCCUGCAGUAAUGGAGAGAAAAAUGAAAGAACUUCAGUUGCCGAAACAGUAAGAAAAUGCUGGCCAGCUAGACUUGCAAAGGAGCAGAUUAGUAAACGGCUUGAUGGUAAUCAGUAUCUGUUUUUACCACCAAACCGUUAUAUUUUCCAUGGCGCUGAGGUAUAUUCAGACUCUGAAGAUGAUGUCUUAUCCUCUAGUUCUUGUGGCAGUAACAGUGAGAGUGGAACUUGCCAGAGUCCAAGUCUAGAAGAACCCAUGGAGGAUGAAAGUGAGAUUGAAGAAUUUUACAAUGGUUUGGAAGAUGAUGCUGAUGUUAAUAUGCGAGCUGGAGGAACUGGAUUUGGAGCUGAUGGAAGUGACCAAGAGGCAGUUAAUGAAGCUAUAUCCAUGAAACAGGAAGCAACAGGCGUUAACUAUCCAUCAAACAAAUCAUAAUGUAAUAAUUGUCCAGGUACAGGAAUUGUUCCACCAGCAUUAGGGACUUUAGCAUGUCAAAUUGAACAUUUACUUGUGAACCUAGUAGCGCAAGGAAACCAGAAAGGUGUAAUAUUUAUAAACUGGUAAAAGAUUUUCUUCCCAUGGGUAAUUUUUAACUUCUUGUUUCUGUGCUUAUAUACUCAAACACUAACUUUUUUUUUUUUUUUAAAGAAAGGUACUAAGUAUCUUUAAUCAGCUGUUGGACAAGACUUUAUUUUAAAGAUUCAUUUGUAUGAUAUAUCCCCAUGUAUAUAUAAUUUUUUUUUUUUUUUUUGCCUAGUGAGUUUCAACAUUUUAAAGUUUUCAAAAAGCCAUUGGAAUGUUAAAUUAAUGUAAAGGGAACAGCUUAUCUAGACCAAAGAAUGGUACUUUCACACUUUUCUUUGUAACAUUGAAUGGUUUAAAAUCCUCAAAUCUGUCUGCUGAACUUUUGAUUCUUUAUUAGCACAAUUACCUAUUUUUAAACACUGGCAUUUUUCCAAAACUUGUGGCAGCUAACUUUUUAAAAAUCUCAUGACAUGCAGUGUGAGUAGAAAGAAGUCAACGGUAUGUGGGAGAGCACUUAGUUGUCUUUGCUUUUUAAAGUGAGACUUGGUGCUAAUCGUUUCAGGAAUAUUGUAUUGUUCAAAUGAAGAUGGCUUUUGUACUUCCUGUGGACAUGUGGUAAUGUCUAUAUUGCCUCAUAAAACUAACCUAAAAAACAAAUAAAUGCUUUGGAAAUGUUUCAGUUGCUUUAGAAACAGUAGUGCCUGCCUUGGUCCCCUUAGUUAUAAGAAUAUUUGCUAUUGUUUAAAUACCUAUCACUGUGGUAGAGCUUGCAUUGAUCCUUUUCCACAAGUAUUAAACUGCCAAGAUGUGAAUUUGCAAAGUCUUUAUGAACCAAUAAUAACGGUACUUCAACUUGGGGAGCGUGUAAUAAUUUGGACUGUUGCUCCCCCUUACCCCUGCACCCCCCAUUAAGUGAGAGCAACAGGCCCUGAUUUAGGUUCCAAAGCCAGUAAGUACAUGUUUCCUGUUGGGAAGAUUUGGUGUAAUAAACACCAAACUAUUAGACGGAGACGAAGGCGAUGUGACUUGUAAUACCAGAAUAGCUGAUGAAACUAGUUCCUAUAAAAAGCUUAGCCUGCCUUAAAACUAGACAUCAAUUUUCUCAGCUGCAGAAGCUUCUAGCCUUUCAAAAAAGUUCAUACUUUAUAAAGUUGCAGAGAAGCAUUUAUUUUCCAGUCCUUUCCCCAAUGUUACUUCCAAAUAAAGUAUUCCUAUGUUGCUUUAGUAUUUAUUACAAUUUAACAAAAAAGGGUUUGAAAUGUAGCUGUUCUUUAAGUAUAAAAUACCCAGCUUGGACCAUUACUGCCGGAGAAGAGUUUUAUUGAAUGGCUAUUUCCCUACCUAAAAGAGGUCUCAAACUGAAUUUAUUGGGCUACGCUAAAGAAUGCAGUAUAUUUAGUUUUCCAUUUGCAUGAUGUGUGUUUGUGCUAUAGAUGAUAUUUUAAAUUGAAGAAUUUGUUUUAAAUUAUUUUUACAGUGAAGACUGUUUUCAGCUCUUUUUAUAUUGUACAUAGUCUUUUAUGUAAUCUACUGGCAUAUGUUUUGUAGACUGUUUAAUGACUGGAUAUCUUCCUCCAACUUUUGAAAUACAAAACCAGUGUUUUAUACUUGUACACUGUUUUAAAGUCUAUUAAAAUUGACAUUUGACUUUUUUCUUUACAUUGUUUAAGGUAUAAAAUUUUAAGAAUUUGCGGAUUUUGUACAGAGGGAUUUUGUAUAUAUUAGAUGCUUUCUUCUCAUUCCACAUGUCUUCAUUCAGUUUAUGACAGUCUCACCAGAACGGUACACAACGCAUGAAAGGUUUGUCAAAGGACCAACACUUAGGGAUUGGGGGACAAGAAGGAACAGUGGAAAUGGUGAACUUAAGAACCCAUGUGCUACCUAUGAUACUGUUAAACUAGUCUCCUGGUGUAAAACACUAGGAAUGGGCAAAAAAUUACUGCAGAUCAAAUCUGCCAUGAACUUUUCUGAGGCGGACCUGGAAACUUAAAAUUCAAAAGUGCUGGAACAUGCUCCUUAUGAAGGUGUAAUAAUGAAUAAACUUGACAAGCAGUUUUCUGCUCUUAGUAAAUUUAAAAAAACUCUGCCUCCAUAUAUCUUGUUCGUACUAGAUUCAUCCUAAGAUGUUAGAAAAAUAAGGAAUUGACAUCAUUCCAUAUAUGCACAAAAUGGAAAGUAUGCUAGUUCAUACCAUAGUCAAAUUUAGUACCUAGCAAGACCUAAUUAGGCCAUUAACUUCAUGCUUUUUCCAUUCCUCUUGGUUAAUGCACCAUGUAUUUCACUGAUGCAGUAUCCUAAUUAGUGUCACAUGGUUUAUAAUCAGCAUCUUCUUCAGUUGUACACAAAUCAAUGAGGUACCUUUACCUACCUGCUAAAUACUAUUUGCUAAGUUGUAUUUGAAACAAGUCUCAACUCCUAAACUUGCCAUCUAGUUUUGUACACCAAAAGCUCUCUCCCCACCUUGAAAAUGAACCAAGUCAGCAUUAGGAUGCUAGCAGAAAUAUGGAAAAUGGCCUAAUGACUUCCCCUCUUCAGUGGCUCUCAGUUGGGACCAUUAAAAAUCACCUGGGAAAUGAAAAGUAUAGGUAACGUCAGUUCUUAGAGGUGACAUUUCUAGGGCCUAUACAAAGUACUAAAAAGUAGCCCCAGGUUAUUCAAAAGUAUAGUAAAGGUUGAGAAAGCAAAAGCGUACAGGAGUUACCUUUAGCACUUAACCAAUUCCAUUCCCAGGAGCCUGGCCUAAAAAAGAAAGUAGGCUUAAUAAAACAAGCAGACUAUUGCCAACUUACCUCUAGAGAGAUUACCAGUGUAGGAGUAUCUACCAUAAGCAGUUGGAAUGGCCAAAGAGGUUCGUGAUCUGGAAAAGGCUGAGAACAGGACCGUUUGCUUUUGUUCUUAAGCAUUAUGCAUAAUCAAGACCUGAGUGGUUCUUAUGGAGUGAGCCCUGUGAAAAGGUUGGGCUCUUAAUUUAGGUCUCUCAGUUUUAGAAAUUCUAUUCUGGUUUUAUUUCAGGCCAAUUUCAAGGCUUGCCUUGGUUGUACUUCCUUCUCGGUCUGAACAAUGGUUACUGGUUAAGAUUACUACUGUCAAGACAGGAGAGCUAAAAACACAUGGUUGCUCUUAAAACUAGGUCUAUAUGGAGGCCAAAUGUUUUCAAAAGUUUAGCCAACUCAAUAAUGGUCCUUGUAAUUUAGUGAACUUGAUAUGUGCCUACUUUCUACUCAUCUAUAAAGCUGGAUAUUUUCUUGUUACUUUUUAAAAAGCAAAUGGCAAUUUGAAAAAUCCUCCAUGGUAUUUUGAUUUUCUGCCAUGAAUCUCCUUGCUGUUAAUUCUACUGAAUGUCUGUUAACAACAGAGAGGAAAAGAGUAUCAGGCUUACCCAAAUUGUGCCUUGUACUUUUGUACUCCACCUGAAAUCCAAAGUGGCUAUUUCACAGAUGAGCUUCAUAGCAUACAGAGGCUACUGAGAAGAAGAGCAUCUGACACAUCUACAUUUGCAAUGGGAACAAUCCCUAUUCUCAAGGAAUGGAUGUACAGGGUAACAGUACCAUUAUCGGGUACAGGGAAGAGUCUCCAUUGUGAAAAAUACCACUAUUCUGAGGAAAGUUAUUACGGGCUUCUACACAUAAAAAGACACUUACGGUUUACCAGAAGUUACACUGAAAAGUACAGGUCUACAAUCCCUUCUCCAAAAUCCUUAGGCUCAUUUGCAUUUCUGAAUUAUAAAUGUUAAAAGAAUUUUUUGAAGCACAUAUAAUGCAGCACCCCAUAGAGGUCUGAGGCGGCACCUAGACCAAACACAGUAAGUCAACAUAUUAACAUUGCCACAGUAAAAUUACAAAAUAGUCUCCAUUUAGUCCCACUUAAUCAUAGAUAGCCUCAACAAUUCAGUUAAGGUUUUGCUGGAAAAUUAUGUACCCAAUUCUUCCAGGUUGUUUUGGAUUUGAGAAGUAGUUAAGAGACUUGGGGACUUAUAUAAAAGAGAUAAAUUUGUAUGGAAUGGAAGCAAGCAAUUCAAAAUUUAAAAGACCUUCCCUGAGACAUUAAUAUGUUUGAACAAUUUUGUCUUAUAUGAGAACCAAUGAAAAUUUAAAUAUUAAACCAUAAAUCUUUAUUAUUUCAACAGUUUUCAUGGCAUUUAAAAAAUAAAUAUUUGCAUUAUAGCAGAAAGUCACAUACGUUCCAUCAACUAACAAUUUAAUGAUAGGAGAAAACCAAGCAUCAGCACCAUAAAACUUAAGAUUUCUUAAAAUUCUAGGAAAUAGUUUUGGGUUUUUUUUUGUCUUUUUUUAGGACGGGCACCCAUGGCAUAUGUAAGUUCCCAGGCCAGGGGUCAAAUCGGGCCACAGCCACAGCAACACUGGAUCCUUAACCCACUUGGUGAGGCCAGGGACUGAACCCACAUCCUCAUGGAUACUAGUUGGAUUCUUAACCUGCUGAGCCACAACAGGAAUUCUGGAAAUAGUUCUAAAGCACUGAAAAUUUUGUUUAAAUACCAACUUACAGCAUUGAUAGUUUUAAAAAGCUAUAACCCAGUGACUGGUUCUCAGAGUAACCAAGGAUGUAUUCUAGGUAACUGCAGAACAGAGUUCUUCCAUUACUAAAUAUAAGCUUUCUGAUAACCUCCCAAUUUAUCAAUAGUAUCUUAAAAUUCACAAAAGAACCACAAGUUAUUUAGAUAACUCCUAUCUGUAAUUUAGAUUUGUAUAAGGACAUUUAUUCUAGCAAAAAGCAAAGACUGUCUUCACCAUACUAAUUUUUUCCUUUUAUAAAUUCCCAGAAUAAGAGUUAAAUUGUAAUUUUUAACCCUUAAAAUUUAGCUCAAGUUGAAUUACAACCAUAGAAACUGGUACUGGUAUGAGAGCAUAACUAUUUUAUUACAAAACUUAACAUUAUUUACAAAAUGAAAAAAUAAUCGAAUGACUAUUGCAGGCCAAAGUUAAAGGUUUUUCACCCAGUGAUUGAAGAAAAAUUAAGCAACAUUUUCAUGCACUCACACACCAAAUCAUUUGUGAAAUAGCAAACUCUUAAAAUUCAUGUUAGUAAAACUUCAAUGUAUUCACAAUACUUGUAUGUUUAUUGGAAGAUGGCAAAAAAAAAAAAA